AUGGAACGAAAUGAAAUUUCCGCAAUUGCUAACGGACCACCGAUUAAAAAACGCAAAUUAUGCAAAACAAAGUUUAUAACUGGCAAUAAUAAAGAUAAUGGCAACAAUAAUGAUAUUAUGAAUGAAUUAAAAGAUAUUGUGUUCCAAUAUGAAAAUGGUUUGCGUAAAACAAAUGCCAUUGAAAAAGGAUUAAUUACAAUCAAUGAGAAAAUUGUCAAAACUGAAACAAAAGUAAAAAACCAAGACAUAAUUGGGCAUAAAAUUCAUCGUCAUGAACCUCCAAUCACAUCAACUCCAAUAAAUAUUCUGCAUAAAGAAAAUGACUUGAUUGUUAUUAAUAAACCCGCGAGUAUUCCGGUCCAUCCAUCUGGAAGAUAUAGACAUAACACUGUUUUACAUAUUUUAAAAAAAGAACAUGGUUUUUCUAAUGAUCUUCAUAGUAUAAUGUUGUUGGCAUUAAGUAAAGAGAGAGCUAAAGAAUUAGAACAACAGAUGCAACGAAGAAAAAUCAAAAAAGAGUAUAUUUGUCGAGUGUUUGGCAAAUUUCCAGAUGGGGAAAUAAUAUGUGAACAACCAAUUAAAUGUGUAUCUCAUAAGCUUGGAUUAAAUAUAGUUGAUAAAAGUGGAAAACCAUCCACCACUAUAUUUGAAAAAAUCAGCUAUAACAAAAAUACUAGCGUAGUUAAAUGUAAACCUUUGACAGGAAGAACUCAUCAAAUUCGUGUACAUCUUCAAUACCUUGGAUAUCCAAUUGCUAAUGAUCCAUUAUAUUGUAAUAAAAAGGUUUGGGGUAGUAAUUUAGGUAAAGGUGGGAUAAAUGAGGAAGCUGGUGAUGGUCGCAACGAAGAUGAUAACGAUCAACCAUCAAUUAAGAAUAUUAUAGAGAAACUUUCAAAUGAGGUGGGAGACGACGAUGAAAUUGAUUUAAAUCUUAAAAAAACAGACAAUGAACAAUCUAAGGAGAAAAUAGAUUUGGUGAUUGGAGAUAAAAAUGAAGAAUCUGAUGAAUAUUACUGUGAAGAAUGCAAUAUAAAUAAAUUUCCAGAUCCUAAGCCUAAUCAAUUAUUAAUUUGGUUACAUGCUUUGAAGUAUGAAGGCGAAGGAUGGGAAUUUAAAACUGAUUUACCUGAUUGGGCCGAAGAUAAUUAUAUUAUUGAUGAAAAUUAA